AUGCCAAUUAAUAUAUUGCUAACGGAAAUAUUGACUGAAAUUUUUGAAAACGUUGAGCCUCAUGAAUUACAUUCGUGUAUUUUCGUUAACAGGAGAUGGUGCAAAAUUGCAAUUCCAAUUCUCUGGAGAUCACCGUUUCAUUAUUGUAAUCUUCUUAGGAAUAAAUGGAAGUCAUUAAAACUUCUUGCAAGAACUUGUUUACUUUGUCUUGGUGAGGAUAAAAGAAAAUUUUUGAUGAAUGAAUCUAUGCCAUUACCAUCACCACCAUACGGUCAACAACCAAUUUUUAAUUACCCGUCACUUUUUAGGGUUAUAAACCUUGAAAUUAUUUGCACAAUGUCAGACGCGUGGGUUAUGAGCAACAAAGGAAAGUGUACAAAGCCAGAAUAUUGUAAAAAUUUAUUAAGAAAGACGUUGAUUGAGCAUCUAUUAGAACGAGCAGAGAUGAUUCACUUUAUUAAUAUUGAUGAAUUUAAUAUAAAACCAAUUAUCAACAAAAAUGCAUUAAAUUUACGUAGAUUAAAAAAGAUUAGAUUUUCAUCUCCAACAGAUAGAAAAAAUUCAUCUACUACUGAAAGUGUUUCAACUUUUUCGGAAAAUGUUUCAAUAUUUUCAAAAUUAACCAAUAAUCUUCAACAUAUUAUUGUCGAGAAUCACAAACGACAUGGUUCGUUUAUCGAAUAUGAAAGUGAUACUAAAGCAUUGGCUGAACUUUUAAGAAAUCAAGAAUCAUUGAAGUGUCUCGAACUUUCAGGAUAUAAUAUGAACGUAUCAUCAAUUUUUGAAUCAUUAAAGGGUAAAACAACCACUUUAACGAAGCUUUCACUAAAUAGAGUUGAUUUAAACUUUAUUAGUCAACGUGCGAUUACUUCAUGGAUCUCAUGCGUUAAUUUAAAGUCGAUAGAAAUUCAAAAUUGCAAGAUAGCCGACGAAUUUUAUUUCAAUUCUGGACAACAAAUAUUUCCUAAUUUAAAAAAAUUAGUAUUUGUUAAUCACGUUACUAAAUUUCCCGUAAAAUUUAUAAUUCAAAUUAUAAAAUCCACAAACAAAAAUCUCGAAUAUAUUAAAUUUGAAUUAGAAUAUUUAACAGCAAUUAAUCAAUUAGGUUUGAUUAAUACCGUUAUCCAUCAUUGUCCAAAUUUGUUACAUUUUGAUGUAGAUGAAUUGUUAAAUUCACAAAUAAUUCAAAUUUUAGAUUCAUGUAGGAAAUUGAAAGAAUUGAAAUUUGAUACAAGUCGCGAAUUUGAUAAUAGGGCAUUUAUUGAAUUGGCUAAGCAUAUACCACAAACAUUAAAAUAUUUGUAUAUAAACGUGGAUUGCUAUCCUUUUCCUGAUGCCUUUGGGAUGUUUAUUAAUGCUUUGAAUAAUGUUAAUCUUAAGGUCUUUCAUAUUUCUAAUGGUGCGGAUGAAUUGGGAAGUGAGUGUCGAUCAAUAUUAGAUAAACGUGGGAUUAUAUCAACUCGAAUUCAUUCUUAUCAACCAUUUUCAUAA